AUGAGCAAAAGCCAAAGGCACAACAGCACCUCGGCGGCCACCACACACUCCUUUUCCCAGUCUUCUUUACCUCCCUGCGUCCGAGUUAGAGUGCGAUUGAUCGUGUUUGCCUGCCUCGAAGCACGUCGAAGCUACCCAUACCACCGCUUCUGCGACAGCUACCCCGGACCCUCGACGAGGCAACAUCCUCCUAAUACCAACGACACGAUGGCGCCCCUUAUUCUUCACAAUGUUCCCGAUGAGGAGCUUUACGUUGGAGACGACGGCAUCAAACGACCCUACGCCAUGGUUUUCCCACAACAAGAAGGCCUUCCUGGCGCCCGCCGCCGUGGCGUAGCAGAGACUGGAUCUUUUGGAAAAUCAACACGCCGCUCGCGCUCGAGAACAGGAACUCCCGCCGGCCGUCGCGAAAACCCAACAGUAGCAGCCGCCGACAAGAUAUUUGGCGACUGGAUCUCCUCCCAAGCCACAACUUCCAACUCCAACCUGGCGCCCUCAUCAACAUCGGGCAGCGGCGCGACGAAUCCUUCCUCCGCCUCCGGUCCCAACGCCGCACCCCAGCGCAAGACCUCCGGCCUCUCGCAGCCGCCCCUCCUUGCAGCCGACGACGCGCCCGCCGCCGCCGCCGAGCCCCGCGUAACCCGUCACGUCCCGACCGAAGUCAUCCUCCGCGGCUACCGCUCCGCGUCGCAACAGUACGCCGCAAUCUCCCACUACGAGCAGCUCGCCGGCCUGAUCUGCGAGGACUACCCCCGCGAACCGCCCCUCGAGCAACGCCGUUACAAGUCAGAACUCCGCGAUCCUGCCUUCACCCGGCGAAGAGGCCUCACGCCCGAGGAGCGCGCAAAGGUCAACCGCGCCGACGGCGGCCAACACUGGAUCAAGGUCACCUUCGAGUCCGCAGACGCCGCCGAUGCCGCCGUCUACGCCAGCCCCCAGCGCGUGCUGGGCUACCUCGUCUAUGCGGAACCCUACCACGGCCACCAGCCUGCCCGCGACGAGCCCAUCCCGGACGUCGACUCCCUCGUCCCCAGCGCCGAGGAUCUAGGCCGCUCACAGUCCGUCCCCGCAGGCAGCUUCGGCACACACCGGACGCCGCGCAGCAAGCACCGAACCGCAUCAUCCAACAAGCCCACCGGCGGCAACCCCUUUGCCCUCCCCAACGCCCGCUCCAUGAGCGACCUCUCCCCGCCCACAUCUCUCACCUCCUCCAACACAAUCGAGACGGCCACAAUCUCCAACGCGACAAACUCGUCCGCGACGGUGACCGCCGACCCCUUUUCGCAGCAACAAUCGGCGCUGACCACCGCCACGACGACCACCGAAGACAGCCUCUUCUGCCGGCGCAUCCCCACCGCGCGCAAGGCUAAGCUCCUCCCCGCCGAGCAGGCCCUGCUGCCGCAGCAGAGCUACACCCAGAGGCUGGUCAACAUGGUGCCGUUUUUGAAGUGGUUCAGCGGCUCCAUGAUUGGCAACGAGGUGCCGCGCACCGACAACGGCGACUUUGACUGGAACCGCGCGAGCUUGUACUGGAAGGUCAUUUGCUGGCUCGACUCUACGUUUGGGCUCUUUGGCGGCGAGAUUAUGAGCGCCGACAAGGACGACUAA